AUGCCUGAAAAAUUAUCAAGGAAGGCUUCUUUGAGAAAGAAGUUGUCUUCUAAUUCUUUUACAAACCUAUUCAAGAUGAACAAAAAGAGAAAACGUGAUGAAGUUACAGAUACUUCUUCUACAAGUAAUAGUGGUGAUAUAAGUAAAAUACCUGGUACAGAUAGCUCGAUCGCCACCACUUCUACUUCUACUUCUACUUCUACUUCUACUACUACUUCUGCUAAUACUGCUUCAUCAAAAAAAAGCUCUAAUAGUAAUAGCUCCAAUGUUUCAACGCCUGCUAGGAAACGUCGUCGUAGUAAUAAUGGAACCGUUAGUACCACAUCAGAAUCUACUGCUAGUACCAAUACUAAUGACACUACGGAAUCGGUAGAUGAAGAAUGGUUAAAACGUGAAAAGGAGCUAGACGCAAACACUCCAUUGGAUUUGAAAAAAUAUAGACCAAAGGGGUUUUCUAUUAAUUUGCCGCCCACUGAUAGACCAGUUAGAAUUUAUGCAGAUGGGGUGUUUGAUCUUUUCCAUUUAGGUCAUAUGAGACAAUUAGAACAAUGUAAAAAGGCUUUUCCUAAUGUCUCUUUAAUUUGUGGUAUUCCAAAUGAUAAGAUCACUCAUAAGUUGAAAGGGCUAACAGUUCUUUCAGAUAAACAACGUUGUGAAACUUUAAGACAUUGUCGUUGGGUUGAUGAAGUUAUACCUGAUUCUCCUUGGUGUGUCACACCUGAAUUUUUAGAGAAACAUAAAAUCGAUUAUGUUGCUCAUGAUGAUUUACCGUAUGUUUCUGCUAAUAGUGAUGAUAUUUAUAAGCCAAUUAAAGAAAUGGGGAAAUUUUUAUCAACUCAAAGAACUGAAGGUGUUUCAACAAGUGACAUUAUCACCAAGAUCAUUAGAGAUUAUGAUAAAUAUUUAAUGAGAAACUUCGCAAGAGGUGCCACAAGACAAGAAUUAAACGUUUCAUGGUUGAAAAAAAAUGAAUUGGAGUUUAAAAAACAUAUUAGUGAUUUUAGAUCUUAUUUCAAGAAAAAUCAAACUCAAUUGAAUAACGCUUCUAAGGAUUUAUAUUUCGAAGUACGUGAAUUAUUAUUGAAAAAAACCUUGGGUAAUAAUUUAUAUUCAAAAUUAUCAAGUGAUCCAACAACAAAUUUGAAAAAUUUGAAAAAUUUAAGAAAUAUUAUUCGUAAGAAUAAAAAUAAAAAAAAUAUUCAAAAUAACAAAAAUAGUAAUGAAGAUGAUGAUGACGAUGAUGAUGAUGAAGACGAUAACUUAUUAUUGAAAAAUACUUCUCCAGCUUUAGAUUUCGUAAAAGAAUUUGCAGCUCAUUCUGGUCCCUCACCUUCAAUGAUUAAAAAGAGAAAAAAUAAAAAAUUACUAUCUUCUUCUUCAUCUAAUACUUCUUCAUCCUCAUCUUCCUCCUCUUCUAAUAAUGAUUCAGAAAGUGAUAAUACCAAUGAUAAUAAUAAUAAUAGUCCUACUGAAGACAGUAGUGAUGAUGAAGCUUAUAAGACAGAUGGUGCAGAACGUGACGCUCAUAAGAAUAAUGAUGAUGUAAAUAAUGAUGACGAUGAUGACAUGGACCAAAUGAGUAGUGAUGAAGAAAUAAAUAAGAAAAGAGUUACUGAUGUAGAAUCAGUAUCGGAUUAA